GAGGGCAUUAGUCUCUCACCUGAGCACCUACAGCACACAACAUGAAGACAUCAGCAGCAGCCCUUCUCCUGGUGGCGGUGGCGGCGGCGGCGGGCGUGUCGAGGGCGGCGCCGCAGAACUUCCUCGGAGACUCUGACGAGGCCGAGACGCAGUACCAGACGCCCUUGCUUCAGUACCAGAGCCCGACGCCGCGCUACGAGGUGCAAUACGAGGAGAAGCCCGCGCAGUACGCCUUCCAGUGGGAGGUCAACGACGACUACUACGGGAAUUACUACGGCCACCAGGAGCAACGCGAGGGGGUGCUGACCGAGGGGAGCUACUACGUCAGGCUGCCCGACACCAGGCUCAUGAAGGUGGAUUACUACGUGGACGAGUUUGGUUACCACCCCACCAUCACCUACGAGGGCGAGGCUCAGUACCCCCAGGCGUCCACCAACGGGUACGUACAGGCCCCCCAGAACACCUACCAGCAGCCCCAGCCACAGACGUAUAAUCUCUAAGGGACGAAGAUGAAGAAGAAGGUGGGGGUAGGAAUGUGACCCCCACCUCUACCACGACCACUUCUACCACUUCCUCUACCUCGACCACACUCUAGAUUACCUCCACGAUGGUCCCCUCUCUGCUGAACUGCUCUGAAUGUUGUUGUUGCUGAUUACUGUCUAUCUAUCUAUCCAUCUAUCAAUCUAACCUCACCUGUCUAUCUACCUGUCUAUUUUCCUCGACCACUCUAAUUACCUCCACGAUGGUCCCCUCUCUGCUGGACUGCUCUAAAUGUUGUUGUUGUUGAAUACUGUCUAUCUAUCUAUCCAUCUAUCUAACUAUCUAUCUACCUGUCUAUCUAUCUAUCUUCGUGGGUGAAAGGGAAAGGAAAAGGACAAGAGGGAGGAUGGCAGCCGAUAUGCAUGUGGAGGCUUACUUACGCACGCACUCUCUCCCUCCCCUCACGCACACACCUGUCACAUACCUACACAUGCACUCAAGGCCUUCAGGUGCCCCUCAGGUGACCCUCCUCUCCCAUACACACACACCUGGUUUUCCCUCUCGUCAGGUGUGGUGGGAAGGGAUGUGGUGCCUACUCUUCCCUUUCCUCUUGUUCCAUUUUCCUUCCCCCUUUCCUUCUUUUCCCUCUUUCAUCCCCUUCACCUUCCCUUAAUCAGUCUCUUUAUUACCUUCCUCCUUACCUCAGUUAGUUAAGACCAGGUGUAUCGAUUUUUCUCACCUGUGGAAAGAGUUAGUGUUAUUUUUUAUACUGAGCUUCUUUUUAUACAUACAUAGCGAUUUAUAUAGGCCUACGCUUUUAUUUUAAUUUUUUGUUUUAAUGUUGCUGUGUGUGUGUGUGUUAGGGUUCAGAUAGGCCUUUUAUAUACCUCUACUGUUGUUGUUGUUCUUGUUAUGAGAUGUUAUAUAUAUACCUACUUAUUUUUUUCUACCUGUACGAGUGUUUAUAUUUUUUAUACCGGCUCCCAUUGAAUAAAAAUAUGCGCAUUAUA